CAUGCGACAGGGUCCGGCUGGUACGCAGAUUGCCACGUUCAAGCUUCCCGUAGGGGAGGCGAACAAGGCGAUAACAGUCGGCAGCGUCAAGUUAGCUUGGUCAGUGUGUCCGCUCAGCAUACACGAGCCGCCGCUGGCGUGCUUCAAGUGCUUCGAGCAAGGACAUAAGUCCUGGGCAUGCAAAGGCCCGGACCGGAGCAAACUCUGCAGAAGGUGCGGAGUAGAAGGCCACUUCGCCAGGGAGUGCAACUCGGCACCAAAAUGCCUGAUUUGCACGGCGAACAAGGGCCACAUGACGGGCGGGCCUAAAUGCUCAGGCACGCGAGGAGGUCGAAGUGUUAAGCGAUAAUACAGGUUACACAGUUAAACCUGAAUCACUGUGAAGCUGCGCAGCAGCUGAUGUGGCAGUCAGUCUCGGAGUCUAGUACAGACAUCGCCCUGCUAGCUGACCCCUACUGCAUCCCACCCGACAACGGGAACUGGGUAGCGGAUAAGGCUAAGCUAGCGGCGAUCUGUACAACCGGUCGUUUCCCGAUCCAGGAAAUAAUUCUGUAGUAAUCCAGUACUUAAAUCAUGGUAGGCUGUGAAACUGACUUAUGACGUAUGACUCUUGAAGACAGGACAUUCGCUAAUAAACCACUAAAGAAUAAAGAAGUCCAAGUCUUUUACUUCAAUUCAGAAGUGGGAUAGAGUCCAAGCUGUUCAAGAUGUUUUUACGGAGCCAGAAACCCUCGGAAAUUCAAGAUUUGGGAAAUAUCGGAAGCGGUCUUCCUUUCUCGGAUCGUCAAAACUCAACCGAUGGGAAUUCAAGUUCUGGACAAUCUGCAAACUUAGGAGAAGCUUCGGGCAGUGGAGAUGGAUCCAAUGUAGCUGAAAACUUCACCAGAAUCAACCAUGAAGGAAAACGUGGCGAUGAACGGCUUUUCAAAAUGGAAGAAAUUUCUGCGUUGCUGCCGGAUUUUUCGGGCUCCACUCAAGAAAAUGUGAAUCAUUUCAUCAACAUUGUACAACAUACUAAACAAGUUUUCAAGAUAAGUGAGGAAAUUAUGAAGCUGUUGGUUUUCAAAUGCUUAAAAGGAAAUGCUCAAGUUUGGUUUACUUCGUCACCGGAAUUGAUGUCAAUGGAAUUUGAAGAUUUUCUUGCUAGUUUGAAGAUGACAUUUGUGCUGCAUGAGAGCUUGUUUCAAGUACGCAAACGUUUGGAAUCAAGAAAAUGGAGAGAAAAUGAAACUUUUGGCCAAUACUGCUGUGAAAAAAGAAUUUUGGCGGUACCAUUACGACUUCGGGAGUCAGAGUUCGUGGAAUAUCUCGUCGAAGGAAUUCCAGAUCAACAAUUGAAGAAUCAAGCUAGGAUGCAGAAUUUUUCAACAGUUGCUGAUGUUUCGAGAGCCUUUUCAAUGAUCAAACUUCGUGGACCAUCGACUUCAACUUCGCUCGUGUGCUAUAACUGUAAGUUACCAGGACAUAUUGCCGCAAGAUGUCGGAAAAUCCGCCAACCAUUCGAACAAAAGGAUCAAUCAACCCGCCGAAAUAAUCCAUGGAUGAGAGAAACUAGGAUUGGAGCCGUUGAUGCUACAUCAGAGAGUCAGGCUGAACAAGAUUACAACGGACUGGAUUAAAUUUUUGGUCGUUCCUGAUUUGACGAUGUCAUCGUAUGACGCUAUAAUAGGAAGGGAUUUUAUAAUGAAACCUAACAUUCAAACCAUCAUCGAGAGAAGCCGUAUUAAAAUUUCGAGAACUCCGGUGAUCCGAAAGGAAGUGCAUGGAAAUAAAAAUGAAAUAAAACAAAUAAGUUCCCUUGAAGAAUCUGAAAUAUUGAAAAGUGUUGGAAAUGUAAGUAGCGAUCAUAUUGCAAAGUUUAUGGAAAUUUUUAAAAUGGAUUACAUUUGUUCCGAUAAGCCUAGUCAGCCAAAAACAAAAUAUGAAAUGAAAAUCUCUCUAAAAACUGGUACUCAGUUUCACUUCAAACCUAGAAGACUAGCAUAUUCUGAAAAAAAUAAAGUAGAUGAUAAAAUUAAAGAGCUUUUACGUGACAAAAUAAUUAAAGAAAGUGAUUCUCCUUAUGCCAGUCCAAUUGUAUUGAUUCCGAAGAAAGAUGGCGAUGUUAGGAUGUGUGUUGAUUAUCGAAAACUCAACAAAGAUACAUAUAGGGACAACUAUCCUUUACCACUAAUUGAAGAAAUUUUAGAUAAACUCAGGAAUAAAAAGAUUUUUUCAGUUUUAGAUUUGAAAGCAGGGUUUCACCAAAUUAGAAUUGCUCCAGAAUGCACCAAAUACACUUCUUUUGUUACACCAUCUGGGCAGUAUGAAUAUUUACGUGUUCCUUUUGGACUCUGUAAUGCUCCAGCAGUAUUCCAAAGAUUUAUAAAUACUAUUUUUAAAGACUUGAUUGCUAAAGGUAAAAUAUGUGUUUACAUUGAUGAUAUAAUAAUUUUCUCAGAUACAAUUGAAGAACAUUUAGAAAUAAUGAAAAUGGUUUUUAAAAUUUUAAGCGAUAAUCUUUUGGAAUUAAAUUUGGAAAAAUGCAAAUUUUUGUUUACUGAAAUUGAUUAUCUGGGAUAUACUAUCAAUCAGAAUGGUAAACGUCCACAUCAAUCGCAUAUUGAAGCUGUUUCUAAAUUUCCAGUUCCUAAAAAUGUUAAAGAUGUGCAACGCUUUUUGGGAUUGACAAGUUAUUUUCGGAAGUUUAUUAAAAAUUUUGCUACUAUUGCAAGACCAUUGUAUAACCUUUUGAAGAAAGAUACAGCUUUUGAUUUUGGAGAGGCACAAAUUAGUGCAUAUGAAACACUUAAACAAAAAUUAGUCACAGCACCAAUAUUAGCUAUUUUUAACCCUAAUGCUGAAACCCAUUUACAUUGUGAUGCAAGUUCCCAUGGGUUUGGAGCCAUUUUGUUACAGAAGCAAGAUGACAAUAACUUUCAUCCAAUUAGUUAUUUUAGCAAAAAUACUGACAAUUUUGAAUCUAAAUUACAUAGUUUUGAAUUAGAAACCUUGGCAGUUGUUCAUGCAAUCAAGCGUUUUCAUGUUUAUCUAUCCGGUAUGAAAUUCAAAAUUUUUACGGAUUGUAAUGCUUUGGCACAAACUUUAAUUAAAAAAGAAAUAAAUCCUAAAAUCAGCAGAUGGGCUUUGUUUUUGGAAAAUUAUGACUACACUCUUGAAUAUAGAGAUGAAGCUAAAAUGCGGCAUGUAGAUGCAUUGAGUAGGCAAAAUAUGAGUAACGAAAAACAAAUAACAAGAAAAUCUCGAACUUAUCAAAUAAAUGUAUUAGAAACAGAAGAUGUGGAAAGAAAUGUGAUACUCGCUCAAGAACAGGAUGAGAAAUUGAAAAACAUUAAAACACACCUAGAAAACAGCAGUUUUCCAAACUUUGAGUUAAGUAAUGGCAUAUUAUUCAGAAAGAAUGAUGGUAAAUUGUUGUUAGUAAUCCCAAAACUAAUGAUUGACAAUAUCAUUAGAAUGUGCCAUGAUUUAAAAGGUCACAUUGGUAUUGAAAAGACGAUGAUUGAAAUUAAAAAGCACUAUUGGUUUUCGAACAUGAGAAAAAUAGUGAAAAAGUAUAUAUCUAAUUGUUUAAGUUGCAUAUUUUUUAGUCCCAAAGAAGGGAAAAAAGAAGGUUUUCUUAAAUGUAUUGAAAAAGGUAAUCAACCUUUCAACACAAUCCAUUUGGAUCAUUAUGGACCAAUACAAUUACCGUCGAGUGGUGGAUUCAAAUAUAUUCUGGUAGUUGUAGAUGCCUUUACAAAAUUUGUUAAAUUUUAUUGUACCAAAUCAACCAACACAGAAGAAGUAAUAAAACAUUUGUCUAAUUAUAUGAACUAUUACAGUAAACCAGGAAGAAUAAUAACUGAUAGAGGAUCUUGUUUUUCUUCGAUGAAAUUUGAUAACUUUGUUAAGAAUAAUUAUAUACAACAUAUUAAAACUGCUGCUUAUACUCCAGAAGCUAAUGGCCAAGCGGAACGUGUAAAUAGAACAUUAUCGCCAAUGUUAGCUAAAUUAGUUAGUGACACAGGCUUAAAAUGGAAUAACUUGUUGAGUAAAAUAGAAUAUAUACACAAUAACACAUACAAUAGAUCCAUUAAAAAUUAUCCCAGUGUUUUGUUGUUUGGUUUUCAUCAACAAAAUUUGAAUGUUACUGAGCACAAUUUGCAAACAUUUUUAGAUACUUUUCAGAAUAAUAGCAAUAACGAUGAUUUGAAUACAGUAAGGAAUAGAGCGAAAGAGGUAAUAGAAAAUAAUCAAAAUUAUAACAAGCUAGUAACAGAUAAAAAACGUAAAAAGGCUACUGAGUACAAAGUUGGAGAUUUUGUAGUACUGAAGAUAAAUUCGGCUUCUAAAUUAUCGGAAAAAUAUAAAGGUCCAUAUGUUAUUAAAAAAGCAUUGCCAAAUGAUCGUUACGUAGUUUCUGAUAUUGAGGGUUUUCAAGUUUCCAGCCUUCCUUAUCACUCAAUUUGUUCACCAAUAAAUAUGAAAC